AUGGGCACAAUCACAUCUCGCAGCUCCGCCUUUCCCGUGCUCCUGCUGCUGCUCUGCGCUGAUCGUUCUCUGGGAGCCGAACUCACCUUCGAGCUACCGGACAACGCCAAACAGUGCUUCCACGAGGAAGUGGAACAGGGCGUGAAGUUCUCCCUCGACUACCAGGUCAUCACUGGAGGCCACUAUGAUGUUGACUGCUAUGUGGAAGACCCCUUGGGGAACACCAUCUACAGGGAAACCAAGAAGCAAUACGAUAGCUUCACACACCGGGCAGAGGUCAAGGGUGUCUAUCAGUUCUGCUUCAGCAACGAGUUCUCCACCUUCUCUCAUAAGACGGUCUAUUUUGAUUUCCAAGUGGGCGACGAGCCCCCCAUUCUCCCAGACAUGGGGAACAGGGUCACAGCUCUUACCCAGAUGGAGUCUGCCUGCGUGACCAUCCAUGAGGCUCUGAAGACUGUGAUUGAUUCCCAGACCCAUUACCGGCUUCGAGAGGCCCAGGACCGGGCUCGGGCCGAAGAUCUGAAUAGCCGAGUCUUCUACUGGUCUGUCAGCGAGACGAUUGCCCUGUUUGUGGUCAGCUUCAGCCAGGUGCUGCUGCUAAAAAGCUUCUUCACAGAGAAACGACCCAUGAGCAGGGGAGUCCAUUCCUAG